AUGCCGUCCAGUGGCUUGGGGCCUUGGGGAGGUGAGAACCUUAAACCUACCCUCGUCGACGGGAGACGACAUGAGAUGGUACCGAGGAAGUGGUGCAGCAUGUUCAUACAGGAGAGUCAACGACAAACGGCAACGGAAUCAACAGAUGAUCAAAACAUGUGGGCUUGA